GAUGAGAGUGAUAAUAUUCGCAUUUUUGGUCACUAUCGUCAGAGCACGGAUUCUGGAGAGCUCGGAAGCUAGAGCUGAACGAUCCGAAGAUGGUUUUGAAGUGAAAGCAAAAGAGAGAUAUAACUUACUCAGAAAUGAGAGGAAUGCGGAUGGAACAAUGAAGUUUCUAGAGCAAUUGCACAAUAUGGAGAAAGAAAUAAGUAACGAACUCACUCUAUCUCUUGAGCAGAAUGCUGAAUUAUUAAAUGAGAUGAAGAAUUACGUCGAAAUCAAAAAGGAUCACAUCCAACCACUGGGUGAUACAAUCGAAGAAAUCAAUCACAACAGCAAAGUGGACACAGCACUAUUCCAAGGAGACAUGAUCCUCACCAAAGAACAAGUCGAGGAGAUGAUGGAAGGUAUUGAAGAGAACAAAAGCAAUCGCAUCAAACGACAAGCAUACCGCGACAAGAGUUAUCCCAAAACCUUGUGGUCAAACGGAGUAUACUACUCUUUUUAUUCGAACGCAACCCUAGCAGCGAAAAGAGUGUUCAAGAAAGCUGCCGAGACCUGGCAGAGAGAAACGUGCAUUAAUUUCUUUGAAAGCAACACAGCACCGGAUAGGAUUCUCGUUAUCAAUGAAGAUGGCUGUUGGUCUAAUGUAGGAAGAGUUGGAGGAGUACAGGCUCUCUCUCUUGGAGGUGGAUGCGAAUCGGUUGGGACCGCUGCACACGAGAUUGGACACGCAUUAGGUUUCUUCCAUACGCAGUCGAGGCACGAUCGUGACGACUUCAUCACGCUUUUAACAAAGAACUUCUUGGUAAUUUUAAGAGAAACUAAUAAUAUAAACAGUUACAAACGUAAAGAUAUGGACGGUUGGUUGUCCCAGUUUACGAAAGAAAGCAAGCGGUUUAACUACAAUUAUAACCUUACCUACGACUAUGGAAGUGUUAUGCACUAUGGAGCAACGGGUGUCUCUAAGAACGGAGAGCCCGUAAUGAUACCACGCGACAUGAAAUAUAUACAAACCCUUGGCUCACCAAUAAUUUCAUUUUACGAUAAACUCAUGAUGAAUUUGCAUUACAAAUGUCUGAGCAUGAAUGCUCCACCUGGUUCUAAGAUUGAAGUAGUGCUUGACGGCUACCCAACCGGCUUUGCUAUCGACGGUUGCGAAUACGCUGGAGUUGAGAUCAAAACAGGAAGCGAUAAACGUCAUACUGGUUACAGAUUCUGCGCUCCAGAAAACGUUGGAACAUCAUUGGUUUCGACACACAAUAUCGUGCCUGUGAUUACUUACAGCAACAGGGCUCGUGAUGCUACAACCGUUUUACGUUACCGAAUAAGCCGUCGUUGA